UCUAGGAUUGAACGUAGAAUUUUAAGGAUUUCAGUUCAAAUGGCUACCAGUGAGCUGGAUCAAUUUCUGGAAGCUGUUGAUGAGAAUGUAUUAGAGUGUAGAAAAACAGAAAGAGAUCAGACGAAAUGUAGUGUUUGUGAAAAGGAAGAACAGGUAAAAUACUACUGCCAGAAUUGCAGACAGUACUUGUGCUCUACUUGUAGUGAUCAACAUAAGAAGUACAGACUCUUUGCCAAUCACAGGUUACAUUUAAUAGAGGAUGUGCAAUCAAUGAGCCCCUCUCAGAUGACUUUGUUACAUCCACCUCUGUGUUCACAUCACAGUAAACCUUUGGAGUUCUACUGCACAGAUUGUGAAACUCCAAUCUGUGUGAAUUAUACAAUUAUGGACCACAAGCAAUGGGAAGGGAAACACAAAUCAAUGAGCAUUCAAACAUUUGAAGAAGCUUCAGCCAACUUGAAACAGUCAGUAGAGCAUAAUGUUGAGGUACAGUAUUGCAUAUAUAUGAAAAUGGAAAAUAACGAUGUCGGAUGCACUGAGAAUGAAGACUUGCAAAAGCAAGUGGUGAAGCUUAAGUCAUUGUUGACUACCAAACGAGAACAGGUUGCAACUCUGCGUACCAUUUUGAAAGCAAAUAAAACCACUGCUAAAGUUGCAUUAUCAAAUCUCAAGAGUAAGUACCAAAGUGAGAAGCAAAUCAUUGCGGAAACGAUGAUGAAACUACGCGGAGAGUUGAAGGCUCUAAAGGAGGACUCUGCAACGUACACCACGCUACGUGCUAUGUUUGCCAGCCGCUGUGAUGAGUACGUCACCCAGUUGGACGAAUACCAACGACAGCUACUCUCAGCUGAGGAAGAGAAGAAGACAUUGAACUCACUGCUCCGAAUGGCAAUCCAGCAAAAACUAGCAAUGACUCAGCGCUUGGAGGAUUUAGAGUUCCGCAAUGAGACACUGACUGUCCGCAAACAGACAUCGGCUUCAACAUCACGUAAACAUCGGUCUUCCAAAGUGAGUUCUCCUAAAUCUUCACGCCCACCACCAACAUCCCCACCUCCUAAUAAACCACCUCCAUCUAAAAUACGCCAAGACGAAUCGUUGAGAGAAUAUAAAUUUAUAUUUAGUAUUUAAAGUGUUGAGUUCUAUGAUUAAUUAUUUUGUUCUGCGGCUACACCUACACCCAUCAUGGCUUUAAUGUAAUGUAGUGCUCUUUGGUUUGUGUUUCUAGCAUUCUGUCCACAUAUAGGAACACAACAAUCACCUUAUUUAUAAUAUUAAUUUACAUUUAUAUACUACCUAUUGCAUAGUGCCAAUAUGUACUUUGCACCAAAUUAUAAAACAAAAAGUAUAAUGAUUUAACAACAAAAUGAGGCGUGGUAGCAAACACCGCUAGGUCUUUAAGAGUCAACCAUCCACUCCUGCCUUAGCACAUCCUAAGUCUGGAGAAUACCUGUCAGUCAUAUCUUUUCAUAAACUGUUUUACUGGGGGUUGGGGGAGGGGGCAGGGAGCAGCUCUCCUUGACAGGGCCCCUGCUCCCCCACUGGCACCACCACUUCAAAAUUUCUGUGGCCUAAAGCUUUAUUGAAAUGUCUAAAAUUAGCAAGCAAUUUAAAGAAUUCAAGUCUAUAUUUCAGCCACAAUACCUUUAAUCUAUACCAAUGUGUUGUGAUAGAAUUAACAUUUACAUGCACCCUGUCUGUACUGCAGUACUUUUAUACCAAUUAUUCUUGUUGUCAACUUCAUAGCAAUUGCUUAAAAUUUAGUGAUUAACAAAAGAUUAUUAGCGAUAAGAAUCCAUCUUUUAUGGUAAAAUAUUGAUCAGCCACUCCAGUCUGUGUAAAUUGAUACAGUACCCAUCGCGGGCAGUGCACUUUUUUUUAACGCUGUGGCCAUGGGUAAACUACGGCCAGUGGACGUGGGCAA